GCGCCGAUCUUCUCGGCAGUCCUCUCCUCCAACUCAGCCCUUGUCCCACCCCCUUUGUUUCCUUGCUCAUCCCUGAGCAGCUGGCAGGAUCCUGCAGAGAUCGAGCAAGACGCAAGAAGCCCGAGAGAGAGGUGUGGGGAAAGCCGAAAGGCGUCUGCCAAGCCACGGGACUCCUUCCAAUUCCUUUUAAAAAGGAAGUCAGCUGACGGGAGUUAGUUAAAUUGCACAUCCUCUUAUGUGUAACUCUCGACUUCGGACACAGAAAUGAAGUUUGCAGAGGAGGAGAAGGCCAAGAGAUACUGCAUCAGAGGAAAACAUGUGGCCAUCAUCUGCGGCGUGGUGGUGGCUGUGGGACUAAUCGUGGGACUUUCCGUGGGCUUGACCAGAUCCUGUGACUCCUCGGCAGACUCUGGGCAGGGCUCAUCCCCAUCUCCUUCCCACUUUCCAACCUCUGCCAGUCCUUCCGAUCGGCCUCCACAGGACGAGGGGGUCUGCCCUGCCAGUGAAGAUGACAGUGGAGAGUGGAAAAAUUUCAGGCUGCCGGUGUCCAUCAACCCAGUACACUAUGACCUGGAGAUGAGGCCCCAGCUGGAGGAGGACACGUACACGGGCACAGUGACCAUCUCCAUCAACGUGAGUUUGCCCACCCAACACCUGUGGCUGCACCUGCGGGAGACCAGGAUCACCCAGCUGCCGCAGCUGAAGAGACCCUCCGGCGAGCAGGUGCAAGUUCGGCGGUGCUUCAAGUAUGAGACUCAUGAGUACUUGGUCGUCGAAGCGGGGGAACAGCUUCCAGCCACCACUGGCGAAGCUUACUACCUCUUGACCUUGGAGUUCGCUGGCUGGCUGAACGGCUCCCUCGUGGGGUUUUAUAAAACCACGUACACGGAGAACGGACAAACAAAGAGCAUAGCGGCCACGGAUCAUGAACCAACAGAUGCCAGGAAAUCCUUUCCCUGCUUUGAUGAGCCCAACAAAAAAGCAACUUAUACAAUAUCUAUCAUCCACUCUGACGAAUAUAGAGCACUUUCAAAUAUGCCAGUAGCGGAACAAGUGCCAGUGGAGGGCAACUGGAUUCGAACAACUUUUCAGAAGUCUGUCCCCAUGAGCACGUACCUGGUCUGCUUUGCUGUACAUCAGUUCACGACUGUGGAGAGAAGAUCAGAGAGUGGAAUACCUCUUACUAUUUAUGUCCAGCCUGGGCAAAGUCAUACAGCUGAAUAUGCUGCAAACAUAACUAAAAUAGUGUUUGAUUAUUUUGAAGACUACUUUGGUGUGAGCUACUCUCUUCCUAAAUUAGAUCAAAUCGCUAUUCCAGACUUUGGCACUGGUGCGAUGGAGAACUGGGGACUCAUCACUUACAGAGAAACCAACUUGCUUUAUGACCCGCAGGAAUCAGCCUCAUCAAACAAGCAGAGGGUGGCGACUGUGGUUUCCCAUGAACUUGUACAUCAGUGGUUUGGAAAUAUCGUGACCAUGGACUGGUGGGACGAUUUGUGGCUAAAUGAAGGAUUUGCUUCUUUCUUCGAGUUCCUAGGAGUAGACCAUGCAGAAAAUGAUUGGCAAAUGCGUGACCAGAUACUAACUGAAGAUGUAUUACCUGUACAAGAGGAUGAUUCUUUAAUGUCAUCACACCCGAUUGUUGUCACUGUGUCAACCCCUGCUGAAAUAACAUCUGUUUUUGAUGGAAUAUCCUACAGUAAGGGAGCUUCCAUUCUGAGAAUGCUUGAAGACUGGAUAACACCUGAGAAAUUUAAAGAAGGAUGCCAGAUUUACUUGAGAAGAUUCCAUUUUCAAAAUGCAAAAACUUCAGAUUUUUGGAAAGCACUGGAGGAGGCAAGUAACCUUCCAGUGGGAGAAGUGAUGGACACUUGGACCAGACAGAUGGGUUAUCCUGUGCUUAAUGUGAACAAUGGGAGGACCAUCACACAGAAGCGCUUUCUGUUGGACUCAAAAGCUGAUCCUUCCCAGCCACCUUCAGAUCUUGGUUACACAUGGAAUAUUCCUGUUAAAUGGACUGAGAACAAUGAAUCAAGUGUUAUAGUCUACAAUAGAUCAGAAAGUGGAGGAAUUAUUUUGAAUUCUUCUAAUUCUGGUGGAAGUUCUUUUGCCAAAAUAAACCCAGAUCAUAUUGGGUUUUAUCGUGUAAAUUAUGAAGAAGGAACUUGGAACAGGAUAGCUGAAAAUCUUUCCUCAAACCACGUGGACUUUUCCUCUGCUGACCGUGCGAGUUUUAUUGAUGAUGCUUUUGCCUUGGCAAGAGCUCAACUCCUAGAUUAUAAAGUGGCUCUGAACCUGACCAAGUAUCUCAAAAUGGAAAGAGAUUAUUUGCCAUGGCAAAGAGUCAUUUCGGCUAUAACCUACAUCAUCAGCAUGUUUGAAGAUGAUAAUGACAUCUACCCACUGAUGGAGGACUACUUCAAAGAUCAAGUGAAGCCUGCUGCAGAAUAUCUGGGAUGGGAUGAUACUGGAGACCACCUCACAAAGUUAUUGCGUGCCUCCGUGUUAGGGCUGGCGUGCAGGAUGGGCGAUACGGAAGCCUUGAACAACGCCUCCCAGUUAUUUCAGGAGUGGAUAAAUGGGAGACAAAGUCUUCCCGUCAACCUCAGACUCCUGGUGUAUCGCUAUGGGAUGUACAGCUCUGGCAAUGAGACUUCCUGGAACUAUACUCUUGAUCAAUACCUGAAAACCUCCUUAGCACAAGAAAAAGAAAAACUGCUCUAUGGGUUAGCAUCAGUAAGGAAUGUUACUCUUUUGUCAAGGUAUUUGGAUUUGCUCAAGGACUCAAACUUUAUUAAAUCUCAGGAUGUGUUUACAGUCAUCCGAUAUAUCUCCUAUAAUAGCUAUGGGAAGAGCAUGGCCUGGAACUGGAUACAACUCAACUGGGAAUAUCUGGUUAACAGAUUCACAAUCAAUGACAGAAAUCUUGGCCGGAUUGUCACCAUAGCAGAGCCGUUCAACUCUGAACUGCGACUCUGGGAGAUGGAGAGCUUUUUCGCAAAAUACCCCAAUGCGGGAGCAGGAGAAACACCUAGGCAACAAGUACUGGAGACGGUGAAAAACAACAUUGAGUGGGUCCAACUCAACAGAGGCGCCAUCAGAGAGUGGUUUACUGACUUCGCUAGGAAUGAAUAGUGUGUUCAGAUGUCAUGUGUUUGUGUGAAUCUGCAGUUUCUCCUGUCAGGCAUUUGGUGGCCUGAUUGACGAGCACUACAGAGGAAGCCUUAUCAACAGAUACUGCUUUCCUAAGUACUGUAUUUAUGUGUCUUGGAAAGCUUUCAAAUUGUCCCUCUCUCUCUCAUUCUUUUUUUUUUUUUUUUUUUUUUUUA